AAAUUUGCAAGAGAUGCUAUAGUUUCUCAGAUUGCAUGGCCUGUGGAAACUAGUAAAGGCAAGAGUUUGAAGGAGACUUGUGUAAUCUGUUUUGAAGAUAUUGAUGUUGAAAAGAUGUUUCUCGUUGAUGGCUGCUAUCAUAGGUAUUGCUUUUCUUGUAUGAAACAGCAUGUAAAAGUGAAAUUACUAAAUGGGAUAGUGGUCACUUGUCCUCAUGAAGAGUGUAAAACAGAGAUAAAUAUUGCUACUUGUGGAAAUUUCUUGGAUCCAAAAUUAUUUGAGAUCAUGAGCCAGCGCAGGAAGGAAGCUUCUAUUACUGCAACUGAGAAAGUUUAUUGCCCAUAUCCUAGGUGUUCAGCAUUAAUGUCAAAAACUGAGGUGCUAAGGCAUACUAAUCUUUUUCGUGUUGGUGCUGAGCAUUCUGGAGAAAGAAAAUGCAUGAAAUGUGGUUUCUUUUUCUGCAUUAACUGCAAGGCUCCUUGGCAUGACAACAUGACCUGCAAUGAUUACAGUAGAUCAAAUUCUCAUAAAAGAACUGGAGAUGCAAUGUUGAAGUCUCUUGCAAAACAGAAACUAUGGCGCCAGUGUGUGAAGUGCAGUCAUAUGGUUGAACUAUCCGAAGGUUGCUACCACAUCACUUGCAG